ACACAAAUAAAUAAAUAAAUAAAAAAGGUGUUCCUUUUUAUUUUUCUACCUUAAUAUUAAAGUUUUCUAAACAAUCGUAAUACUUUCUCUGAGCUUCGUCGGUGACAAAGCUUGGUAAUUUUUACACGCGCCAUCUGUCACGUGUAGCUCUGUUGUGUAUACAUAACCUUCAGACAUAACCUCAAACGAAUGAUUACGUUAUAAAAUCCGAUUUUCAUUCAAUCGUUACACAUUGAAAAAAUAUAUAAUUACAUAGCAAUUCUGGUAGAUUACGGGAAAGACAAUUUAUUUCAAUCGAAUUACUCUGUGAAUUGUAUAUCAUCGGUAUAAAAAAUGGCAAGAAACGCGGAAAAAGCAAUGACCACGCUUGCUAGGUGGAGAGCAGCUCAAAGCAAUGAAGGCGCCAGAAAAGAACAGGAGAGGAGGCCUUAUUUGGCAUCUGAAUGCAGAGAUCUGAGGAAAGCAGAAAAGUGGAGAAUGCAAAUAAUUAGAGAAAUUGCAAAGAAGGUUGCACAAAUACAAAAUGCGGGCCUUGGAGAAUUUAGGAUCAGAGAUUUGAACGACGAGAUUAAUAAGUUACUGAGGGAAAAAAGGCAUUGGGAAGCUCAGAUAAAGGAGCUUGGUGGUCCCGAUUAUUCCAGAGUGGGGCCACGCAUGUUAGACCACGAGGGUCGUGAGGUACCUGGAAAUCGUGGUUACAAAUAUUUCGGGGCAGCGAAAGAAUUACCAGGUGUUAGAGAACUUUUUGAACAAGAGCCUCCACCGCCUCCUCGGAAAACUCGAGCGGAAUUGAUGAAAGACAUCGACGCCGAUUAUUAUGGUUACAGAGACGACGAUGACGGCAUAUUGUUACCAUUGGAACAGAAAGCGGAACAAGAGGCCAGAGAGAGAGCUAUGCAGGAAUGGUCGGCGCAAAAUGAAAGGAAGGAAACACAGGACGACGAAGAGGUAGAAAUCACGGCGCAAAGAGCGAUACCGUCGCAACAAGAUAUUCAGGAAGCGUUACUCGCAAGAAAGAAGCAAGAGCUGUUAGAGAAAUAUGUACUUUGACAGGUUUUAUUAUCUCUCCGUAUGUGUUCAAUAACAACUAUUUUGUAAGUUUAUUCGUUUAAUUGUAUUAGAGUACACUUUUAUAAAACGCGACAAAUAUA